CUGGACUGGCCGGAGGGCUCCUCCGACUCGCUCAGCUCAGGCGGCAGCGACUCCGACGACAGCGUGUACAAGGUCCUCCUGCUGGGCGCGCCCGGCGUGGGCAAGAGCGCCCUGGCCCGCAUCUUCGGUGGCGUGGAGGAGGGACCUGACGCCGAGGCCGCAGGGCACACAUAUGACCGCUGCAUCACGGUGGAUGGAGAAGAGGCCUCCCUCAUGGUUUACGAUAUUUGGGAUCAGGAUGGAGGCCACUGGCUGCCCGGCCACUGCAUGGCCAUGGGGGACGCAUAUGUCAUCGUGUACUCCGUGACCGACAAGGGCAGCUUCGAGAAGGCCUCAGAGCUGCGGGUCCAGCUGCGGCGGGCAAGGCAGACCGACGAUGUGCCCAUCAUCCUCGUGGGCAACAAGAGUGACCUAGUGCGCUCUCGAGAGGUCUCCGUGGAUGAGGGCCGGGCCUGUGCGGUGGUCUUCGACUGCAAGUUUAUUGAGACAUCAGCCGCACUCCACCACAACGUGCAGGCGCUGUUUGAGGGUGUCGUGCGCCAGAUACGCCUUCGGAGGGACAGCAAAGAGGCCAAUGCACGGCGGCAGGCGGGCACUCGGCGGCGUGAGAGCCUGGGCAAGAAGGCAAAGCGCUUCCUGGGCCGCAUCGUGGCCCGCAACAGCCGCAAGAUGGCAUUCCGUGCCAAGUCCAAGUCCUGCCACGACCUCUCUGUCCUCUAGCCCCACAGCAGGGGGCUGACCCAUGGGCCGGCUCAGUCUCUGGGCGCCUUGGAACUGCCUAUUGGACGCCUCGGACCCGCACGGCCAGGGACAGACGGUGCUGCCUGGGCUUGUGGCCCCGCCAGAGGAUUGUGUGCUGGCUGCGCUCAGAAGCCUGAGCCCAACAGCUUGCCCACAGGUCUCUGCGUGGGGAUGGACUGUGACUUCCGCCCUUGCCCUCAUCUGUGCCGUGUGCAUCCGGGAGGGAGGUUUUUGGGGUGGUGGCUAUUUGUUUACAUGCAGAUUUUUUUGUAAUAAAGACUAUUUCCUGA